AGAAACCCAAACAGCUGCAAGAACAUCUGUAAAACAUUUGCUCUCUCUGAGAUAAGUUUCCUCUGCUCUCUCAGCGUGUAAAACACAGAAGUCUGUGUCUGGCCAGCAGUCAGAACUGAGAGGAGCUUUUCGCGGUGCUGCAGCAAAACUAAUUCUUCACAAGGAGCUGGAAGUGCUCUCCAUGUAUCAUGGCAGUUAGAGGGUUUUGGGUGGUAUUUGGCCUUCUCCUGCUUUCGCAGAGCUCCCUCCAACAGAAGAAAAGAAAUAACAAGAAAGACUCCACAACAACUGCUGCUAUCGAGGAGCUCCAGAAACAGAUUAAUGACAUUGUUCAAGAGCUGAAUGUGCUGAAAGAGCAGCAAGCUUUGCAGACAGUUUGCCUGAAAGGCACAAAGAUCCUCGGUAAGUGCUUCCUGGCCAAUCCGGCGAAGAAAACCUUCCACGACGCCAACGAUGACUGCAUCGCCAAAGGCGGCAGCCUGAGCACCCCUCUGACGGGGGACGAGAACGACCAGCUCUACAGCUAUGUGCGACAGAGCGUGGGACCCGAGGACCACAUCUGGCUCGGCAUCAACGACAUGGUGACCGACGGCCACUGGGUGGACCAGUCGGGCUCCAGCGUGCGCUUCAAGAACUGGGAGACAGAGAUCACCCUGCAGCCCGACGGGGGCAGCAGCCAGAACUGCGCCGUCCUCUCCACCACCGCCAACGGGAAGUGGUUCGAUGAGAACUGCAGAGCUGAAAAAGCCUCGGUGUGCGAGUUUAACAUAGUCUGAGAGCCACGCUGCUUCUUUUUUAAUCUCACGGUGCAGAUGUGAGACUGGAAAUGCUAUCUGGUACUACUUAAAAGAACAUGCGGCAUCCCUCCUCAGCACACGUAUUCUUUCACAUGUCAGUCCAGAAUCAUACACUACUUGUCAUAGUAUAAGCUAACCUCCCUGGAGCAAGAUCUUUUGUAUUUCAAUCAUUUAAUAUUUUGUAUUCUUAAUAAUAUUACAUCUUAUCUGUUACUAAGUGUAAUAAGACAUCAUGCAUAAGGUCAAUCUGCUUGUAUUCCAUUAUAUGCUGGUAAUAAACGUGCACUUCCCAA